UGAGCACACAGAGGCGCUAAGAGAGCAUUCAACAGUUCCGCUGCAGGUCAGAUGCGCGCUCGAGCUCGAGACGGACUCUUCCAAACGGAAGCUGCGUGAGUUUGACGGGAGGAUAUACUCAAUAAAGUAACAUUCCUGUCGCUUCAAGAAGAGAAGGGGAGAAACAAAGAAUGACAGAUAUAAUGAACAACCCAGAACACAGUCGGGAAGACUUCACUGUGAGUGACACCGCAGAGCAAGGCGUUUCAUUUCAGAUUUUCCCAGACACACAGGAGCGCCACCCCAAGGUGUUCAAGCGCUUGCCCUCCAUCGUAGUGGAGCCCACAGAGGGAGAGGUGGAGAGCGGAGAGUUACGUUGGCCCCCAGAUGACCUGAGAAGCACAGACCCUUCCGGCCAAACACACACACCCAUGUCAUCACAAACCCAGAUAUCACACAGCCAGAGUACAGAUGAAGUCAAGUGCAGCAGCCUGGAAACAUCAGGGGCAGCUGAGCAUAACUGAAAUCUAAUAAAUACGUUGUCACAAGUCUAUCAUUAUCACAAGUCUUGGUUCUCACAACAUUUUCUCAAAAAGCAACACAAGCAGCCAAUCUGGCAGACAGGUGUGAAUAAGAAAAGAGCUCACAGUGCUACAUCUGAGCACUCUUCAUAACACAUUCAUGGCUUUAAAAAGACACUUGAAAGUCUUUUGUACUUUUUAAGAUUAAACUUGUGAUACAUUUUAUCUGUGGCAAGUGGCUUUAACAUUCUUACAUUCCCUUCAGACUUGAAGGCUUAGUUUGUUUUUCCUGAUGCAGAAAUCCUGGUUAUAAAACUCCUGCAUCCAUGUACAGUAUCCUCUACAUUUAUGUCUGAGAAUAUACUGAAAAUGUGUAGAAUAUGGAUGACACAUCAAAAAAAAAAAUGUAUGAGCAGUUGAAAAAUAUGAGUGUGCAAAAAACACAGUUCCUGGAUGUCAAGUAAUAAAUGUACGGUCAGAUAGCCAGUAUUACCUUAUUAUUUGACCCGCUGAUUAUAUUAGUUCACUUAAUACAUGGCUACUUAUCAAAUAAAUGGAUGUAAAAUACUGAAUUAAUUAAAUUAAUUUAACAUGUGAGAAGUCUAAGAUCACAAAGUGAUACAAAAUAGUAUUUAGACACUUUGCAUAUCCAGUCCAAUCUAGUGAUAGAUGUAUUGAUUUGUUAUUAUGCCCUGCUCUUUGAUAUAUCACAGAAGCCUGUGAAUACAUAGUCUAAAAAGAUUGCAGUGACCACUGUGAAUCUUGCACUUAUGUGAAAAUGAUUCAUUACAUGCUUUGUGGCUGAAAACUUUAUGCGAGGAGACGCCAUCCUCUCUUCACACAAUCUGGCUGAGGCUUGUGAGGAAUAACUUCUGCUGAACUUUAAACAUGUCUGUCUGUCAGUCAACUGCAAGAGUCCCACACUGGAUUACAAACAGAGACUGCUUUUUAGACAGCUUAAUUCAACCUCUGGUUAUAAUUAGUCAUUUCUUCUAAGACCAGCCUUCUGUACUAUUACUAUUUUCUGUCUUAGGGUUAGGAAUUCAAACAGACACCUGUCCUUGAGUAUUAUAAAACUAGUUUGAACCGUACAACAGGCAUGGAAGAUAAGCCAAAUAAUGCUGGGAAACACUGGGGAGGCCAACUUUGAUUUUGUGACUGCGAGUAUUGCACAUACUGUACAGGCAUAAGUCACUUCAAUUAACAUAAUCUCUAUUUUAACAGUAAUAGUUAAGAUGUUGUAGUAAUACUGAUUCUUAAACCACUUCACAAUAUACAUUGCACUCAUGAUAUUUUCUUAAUAUCUAAACCCCAUAGUGAAACUGCUUUGAUGUGUAUCAAUGUUUAUAGUAUAUAUUUUAAAAAUCACAUUUUGUCUACUGUAAUAUUUACGUAAUCCUGUAACUAAAGCAUUGUGUUCACCACUUCCCAUCGCUAUCAUAAUUUUAUUUUAUUUUUUUCAUGGCAUGCAUUGACAGUUGUGACUUCUAGUCCUUUUUAAAUGAAUAAUUGGAAAUCUGGAAAUAACUAGGAGUUUCAAUUUCAUCAUUGUAAAAAUGAAUUGAUAUUUUGAUAUUAAACUUGGUCUUAAUAUGUAUACCUUUUUUUCUUUUUUUAAUUCAUUUAUUUGGUAAGUUUAAAUAAAGAUUAAUAUUAGAUAGCU